AUGACUCCCAAAAACCCCCCAUCACAUAAUGACUACACAGUCGGAUGGAUAUGUGCCCUGCCACUGGAGAUGGCAGCCGCGCAAGUGCUUCUAGAUGAAGUCCAUGAAGACUUACCCGUGCAGCCGAAUGACCACAAUGCUUAUACUCUUGGAAGCAUUGGGAAACAUAAUGUUGUGAUUGCAUGCUUGCCUUACGGUCAAUACGGCAUUGCAUCUGCCACCACAGUUGCCGUGCAAUUAUUAUCCAGUUUCCGCUCUAUUCGAUUGGGUCUGAUGGUUGGGAUAGGAGGAGGGAUACCAAAUGAAGACGCGGAUAUUCGCCUGGGUGACGUUGUAGUCAGCAAGCCAACGAAUUCACAUGGGGGAGUGGUGCAAUUUGAUUAUGGUAAAGCGCUAAGUGGCGGCGAGUUUCAACGAACUGGCAUACUCAGCCCUCCACCUCAGAUCCUCCUAACUGCGCUCUCAAAACUGCAAGCAAAUCAUAUCACGGGCAAGAGACGAUUCAUGCAUUUUCUUGACGACAUCAAACGUAAAAUGCCCCAAGAAUCUUCGAAUUUGACCCGCCCAACUCAGGAGGAUCAUUUAUAUCUUACCGAUCACAAUCAUGCCGAUGUCAGCUCCAAGACUUGUAAUGGCUGUGAUAAGACCAAAACCGUUUCCCGGCCUUUGCGAGAACCAAAUCAGCCUAUGGUCUACUAUGGCCUGAUUGCAUCUUCGAAUCAAGUGGUGAAAGACAGUCAAUUACGGGAUCGGCUGGAUCAUGAGUUGGGUGCAUAUUGCGUGGAGAUGGAAGCUGCGGGACUCAUGAAUAAUUAUCCGUGUCUGGUCAUUCGUGGAAUCUGCGACUAUGCCGACUCGCAUAAGAAUAAGGAAUGGCAGGAAUAUGCCGCGGUAGUGGCCGCGGCAUAUGCCAAAGAGCUUCUUUCAGUGACCCCGGUUGUUCAUGUUGAUCAAAUACGAACUGUGCGGGAUACUCUAUCCGAUCCUGAUGUCACUACUACAUCGUAUGCGAAAGACCUGUCGAGGGUGAUCACUCCUUCACAAAUCAAUCCACCUGUGGUGAUCAAUCAGACUACUCUCGAUACAUCCCCAAUGGUGGGUAGAGCGACCGGAGCAGACAGCGAAGACUAUGAAUGA